AUGGCGACGACAGAGGCUCAUAAUGGAACUGGAGGCAGCAUGGCUCCACCCGUCCCAAUCCCCGCCGCGUCGACUGCUACUCGCUCGGAACACGGCCGAGUGUCCAGACACGAAGAGAGUGGACUCAUGUCGGACGAAGAUUUUUACGAUGCGCAGGAAGAUGCGGAGGCAGAUGCCACACGACAAGCGUCUGCAGCUGCUAUCACCAUUACAAACCAGCAAUCAGGUGACCCUGAACUCGAGAAUAAAAUCAUCGACCCGGACGACAGCAAGUACAUAGUGAAAAAUAAAGACACAGGAGAAGUCUUCGACAUCCGAGAUCUGUCCAGCAUGCCAGCAGACUCUUACUCUAUUUUCCCAAACGACUUCGUAGCUCCACAAGAAGAAGAGGCCAAACGGACCAGGACCAGACGACCUUCGAUUACCAAAAUCAUGGCCAAGUUCCCGAUAAAGUCCAAGACAAAAGAGCCCACGAAAAGAAAUCAUGUCCCGGUGACAUCAUGCAAGAAAGAAAAACGGGAUCUCGAAGACUUGUGCUUAGCACAGACAUUAUCGAAGCACACUGGCACCAUUUGGACGAUGAAAUUCAGUCAUGAUGGCGCUCGACUGGUGUCCGGAGGACAAGACGCCAUCUUACGCGUUUGGAAAGUUCAAAUCAGCUCCGAAGAAGAUGCAAAACUGGCACGAGAGAGCGAUGAAAAGCAUAUUCUCGACGCUGAACCAGAACGAUCUUACCAGGGACACACAAUGCCCAUUGUUGAUGUAUCGUGGAGUCGCAGCAAUUUCAUCCUGUCGGCAUCGAUGGACAAGACUGUUCGGCUGUGGCAUAUUUCACGCGAAGACUGCUUGCACGUAUUUCAUCACCCUGAUAGUGUACCUGCAGUAGACUUCCAUCCAAAGGAGGAUCGAUAUUUCCUGUCCGGAUGCUUUGAUAAUAAAGCGCGUGUGUGGGAUAUUCCAGACGGCUGUGUGGUGUCCUAUGUCCAGACACCAGUGAUGAUCACUGCUGCCAGUUUUAACCCGAGUGGUACACGCGCCAUUGUUGGUUUGCUGAACGGCCAGUGCAUCUUCUACCAAGUCAACUCGCACCAACAGAUGAACUAUUACACUCAAAUCGAGUGUCGAAACAGUCGCGGAUCAAUGAGAAAGGGACGGAAAGUCACGGGUAUCGAGUUCGAUCCAGAAGGCAAAUAUUUCCUGGUCAGCACGAACGAUUCGCGCAUGAGGCUCUUCUCGGUAGACAAUUAUUCUCGAAUAUGCAAGUACAAAGGUCUCGUCAACGGGCAUCUCCAGAUUAAGGGACGAUUCAGCCAAGACGGAGACUUUGUGAUAUGUGGGUCCGAAAACGGAUCCGUCUACGUUUGGAACAAAGCAAGAUACCUUCGGUCUAUGAGCAUCGUGAAAAGUAGCAAGCAAGAUCGCAAUUCCUCUUACGAGUUCUUUACAGCUGCUGAACCUCCCAACGGCAUUGUCACGGUUGCUUUGUUUGCCCCAGCGAGUACCUUUGCCAUGGUCAAGUCAAAGCUCGAAGCAAGCGACGAUGUGAACACAAACGCAUGCACUGGAUUGAUUGUAAGCGCGAGCUACGACGGAUGCAUCAAGUUUUUCGAGCGGUCUGCGAAGAGCGUGUAA